AUGGUGCGCGUAGCAAUCGCUGGGUCCGGCGACACGGCUCGCUAUGUUUGCGAAGAGUUCACCAAAGCCGGCCACGAACUAGUAAUUCUAACACGGAGCCACAAACCUCAACUUGAGCGGCCUGGUGUCACUCAAGCUGUUACAGACUAUAGCGAAGACUCCCUCAGGGCACCGCUGUCGGAUUGCGACGUCCUCAUCUCGCUUAUUCUAACCUACGACGCAUCAACUUAUAUCAAAAUUCACCGCACGCUCAUCAAAGCAUGUCAGCAGAGUCCAAAAUGCAAACGAUUCAUUCCUUCCGAGUACGGCGUGAAUCUGGAGGACUUUCCUGAUCAACCUGGGUUCUACUGGCGAUCGAGGGAGCCGAUCCGGGAAGUGCUUAGAAACCAGCGCAUCAUCGAAUGGACACUAGUUUCUGUUGGUUGGUUGAUUGACUAUAUCGUGCCCGCGAAAAAUCGCUAUCUGAAAGAUGUCGGCGAGGCUUUUCCUGUCGACCUUGCUGCACGCAAAUUCGUGAUCCCGGGAACUGGGAAGGAGCUGGUGGAUGUCACAUGGGCCCGCGACUUCGCAAAGGGACUUGCUGUCCUGGUCAAUGCGUCGGAAUGGGAUACCUAUACAUAUAUGUCAGGCGAAAAGACGCGCUGGAAUGAUGUUGCUGAUAUGGUCAAGCGCAAAUAUGGUGGUGAAUUUGAGACCGAGUAUCGAUCGCUGUACAAAUUGAUCGAGACAAUCAAGAAUGCCGAGGAGGGAAGUGAGGCUGCGAUCAUCGCUGAGUACCAGAUUGUCUCCCCCAGCGGGGCAUGCUCGCUCCCGUGCGAGAAGGUGCAGGCUCAGAGGCAGAAGUUAUUCCGAGGAUGUCAUUUUCGAUCUGUGCAAGAAGGCAUGAGCGAAACUGAUGGUGACUCAGGGGUGAUCGUCUGA